AUGCCGACGAGGAGAGUUGCGUAUGAGGCGAAGAAAUUCGCUUCGCACGUUCGUGUCUGGGAAUCUGCAUGGGGCGAAACCUGCGGUUUCUUCACGGACUCGACGGCGCUAAGCUCCAUGCAGUUUACACACUACACGCCCGGACACAUAUCAUCCCAGGGAGCCGGGUCCAACCCGGCGACCUUGCAGGUCCUCUCCAUCAAGCUUGUAAAAGUAGCCGGUGGCCUCCAGUGGCCAUUGUCCGUUUACGGCAUGGUUGCCGUCCGCGACGUCGCGGAUCACAACCGCAACAUUCUCUUCUCCCGCGGUAGGAGCGAGGCCCUGGAACUCACACAAGAUGAUCCUUUUUUUCCCUUGAUUGGCCCGUCACGUGCCAUUGUGUUUACUGACUUGGUUGACAUUGAAAUCCAACUAAAAGUAAAAGGUGGAGGCACAAAAGCGUCUCAAGAUAAAGCAUUGAUAAAUUAUGUGUCCAACUAUGGCGGUGCAUAUGGCCCUGGUGCAUCUACACUUCCCGUUGAGAACUCUUUUUGCACGCUAGAGUUAUGCUUGCAGACUGUCAAACGAACCGUCCAGGCCACUAUCAUGCUUGUCCAGGUCGUCAAACAUGGGUCAUGGCCUUUCAAAUAUGGUGGCCGAGUUGCUUGCUCCCCACUAUCUGGGGAACUUAUGUUCGAUGAUAGUGGAUUCACUCAUAUCAUUAAUCCCUCGUCUAACCAAAUUGUAUUGCUUGAUUCAAAAAUUGAAGCAAUGCCGGAUUAUAAUGUAUUUAAAUAUCUAUCGAGGCAAGUUGUUUCUGUAGAAACUGAAGGAGUGUUGGACAUUGUCAUACAAACCUACUCCAAAUCUGGCGACAUAGCGGCACAUGGUCAUAUUCGUUUCAGGCCCAACUAUUGCGGCAUAAGCCAGGAUAAAUUUGCCCUUGGUGAUGCUGAGGUAUUGGUUACUAUUGCUUGGCCCCUCGUGGCUACGAGCAAGAGGGAAAUUGUGGCAGAACGAAGCAUUGUUUGA